AUGGUGAAUCGAAAGGAACCUGACAAGAAUGGGUGUGAUUCCAGCGAGUUAGAUGGGUCUGAUCGACAGUAUGAUGAUCACACUUCAAAAUGUAAGAAUUCCGGUGAUAGACAAGCUGAUACUGAUGAAAUUCCGAAUGAUGCCUUAUCACGUGACGAGUACCAAGAAUCUGAGCUCGCCAUUGUGAGAAUGGUACAGCGGGCCUGCCUGUUUGAAGACUACAACGCGUUGCUGGUAGGUAAUAGUGCGAGGGUGAUGAAGAAAAGCGCAUUAAGAAGUCUUAACCCAUUCCUAGAUGCUGAUGGUGUGAUGAGAGUGGGAGGUCGUUUGCAGCAUGCCGACCUACCAUACGAUGUUAGACAUCCAAUCAUUCUUCCUAGUUCACAUCACAUUUCAGUACUGAUUGUGAGAAGAGCCCACCUGUAUGCUGGGCAUUCACGUGGAGUGAAUGCUACCCUGGCUGAUAUAAGACUGCGAUUUUGGAUCUUGAAUGGGCGAGAAGCCGUCAAAAAGGUGGCUUAUUGCUGUUACCAGUGUAGAAAGAUGAAAGAACAACCAGCAACCCAGAUGAUGGCUCCGCUACCAGCCUCCAGAGUUAUGAUGUCUCUCAGGGCCUUCUCCUACUGCGGUGUUGAUUUUGCUGGCCCCUUUGUUACUAAGAUCACUAGAUUCAAAUCUGUUAAGAGAUACAUGUGUUUGUUUACUUGUUUGCAGACUAGAGGUGUUCACUUGGAGAUGGCCUACUCGUUGGAGACGGAUGGAUUCUUGAUGGCCUUUUCAAGAAUGGUGGCACGCAGAGGGAAACCGAUAGAAGUCGUAAGUGAUAACGGAGGGUGCUUGGUAAAAGGAGAGAGUACCCUGAGAGAAUUCGUGGAGGGCAUGGAUCGGACGAAGAUAGUCGACUCUGUGAGUAAUCAGGGCAUCCGUUGGAAGUUCAACCCUCCGUAUGGCUCCCACCAUGGUGGGGUGUUUGAGUCGCUCAUUAAGUCUGCCAAGAAAGCCUUGUAUUCGAUUUUUGGAGAAGCCCGCCUGACUGACGAAGAGUUGCUGACAGGGAUUGUCGAAGUAGAAGGUAUGCUGAACUCCAGGCCGUUGACGUAUGUUAGCUCCGACCCUAAAGAUUAA